GGCCCCUAGUCUGCACUGUCGGAUUAGUGUUUCGCAACGAUAACCUGCAUUUGGUGAUUUGAUCCAAUGGCUAUCAGAUCCCAAAACACCCAUAAUCAUCACACGACCCCCCAACCUCUGGUCCCUUCUUAAAUAACGACGUAACCCCUUCCGCAUUCAUCUCCCUGGGCCGGGCUCAAAAUCGCAGCUCCCAGCUGCGCCCAUUUCACUCGCCCCCAAUGCCGUCUCUCAUCGACGGCACGGCGUCGCUGCGGUCGCUGCUCCGGCCGGUCACGGACGAGAACCGCCGGACGUCGAAGCAGCAACAGCAGCAUCAUGGCGCCAGCGGCGGCGGCGUGGUGGGGCUCUUCAAGAUGUUCAAGCUCGUCCCCAUGCUCACCACGGGCUGCAAGAUGGCCGCCCUGCUCGGCGGCCGGCACAGCAAGUACAGCAUCCCCAGGCAGGCGCCGGCGCUCCUGGCCGACCACUUGCCGGCCGUGACGCUGUUCGGGCGCCGCAGGGGCCGGCUGAGCCUGGCCAUCCACGAGGACACGCGCGCGGCCCCGGCGUUCCUCAUCGAGCUGCCGAUGCUGGCGCCCGCGCUCCACAGGGAGAUGGCCACGGGGACGCUGAAGCUGGCCCUGGAGAGCGACACCCGGAGCGCGAGGAGAAAGCUCCUGGAGGAGUACGUGUGGGCCGUCUACUGCAACGGGCGGAAAGCCGGGUACGCCAUCCGCCGCAAGGCCGCGGACGCGUCCGAUGACGAGACGCACGUGCUCAGGAUGCUCCGCGGCGUGUCCAUGGGCGCCGGGGUGCUCCCGCCGCCGCCUGGCUACGGCGAGCUGAAGGACCUGGGCAGCGGCGCCACGGCCACCCCGUCCAAUGGUCCCGAUGGCGAGCUGACUUACAUGCGCGCACGCGUCGAGCGGGUCGUCGGGUCGAAGGAUUCUGAGGCGUUUUACAUGAUCAACCCGGACGAUGCCGGCGCCAAGGGCGGCCAUGGCGCCGCGGAGCUCAGCAUUUUCCUGGUGAGGAAGAAGUGAGAUACAGAAAUGUUACGGGUACAGUAUAGUGCUAGUAAGUACUAAAAUUACAUAUUCUUCUCUUGUGAAUACGAGCAUACAGUACACACCAACCCACAUAUCAGUACGUUGUGUGAAGAGAGGCCCAUAUCAAUUCACCAAUAAAAUCGUGUCAUCUAAAUAACAUGCAUAUACAGCACGUAUGGGAAAUGUGUAGUUGGACUGCAAACAGAGCAACAAAAAUAAUACUUCGUACCAAAAUAAGUGGCUUGAAUUUGUAUAUAUUCAUUAUGCAAAUCCGUCACUUCCGACUGAGAGUAUAUUCUUUUUAGCACGGUUUUACUAUUUCUUAGGCCGCAACCAGCUAUACUAUUUCUCAGACAGUUCUAAGAAUCAUUCGAUGUAAUCGAGAGAUCCAUGCAACUAUUAAGAAUCACGAGAAGAUCUUGAUCAGACAGUCAAAUGUCAACUGAAGAAUAACUAUAUUUUAAGUCAAAUUGAACCAUAGACACUCCCAAUUUAAAACAUAUGCAGACCAGUAGAAGAUGCAAAGAGAAAUUAUGUGCUCAAAAUUGGAAUACAGGCAAUUAUAUAUAUGUAGCUAAUAAAUAAAAGCAUCUGUGAGCGAUUAUGCAUGAUCAUGACUUUUUAUUUGUAAGUUUUUCUGUACUGAUGUGGAUUUUGAUUGAAUAAAACUUAACUAAUCAUGUUUUUGA